UAAUAAUAUCCAAAAAGAUUGUUAGAGAUGACAUGUGAUGGGCAUCUUAUGAUACAAAUUUGCGCCGCCCCCAUUCCAUGAAUUCUUUUUCUUACUUUAUAAAAUAUUCGUCUUAAAUGGAUUACCUUAUCUUUAGGUUAUUUAAUAAUAAAAUCUCGAAGCCAGCCAGCGUAUCUGUGGACGAAUUCUCUGCUAGCGUCCACCAGUGGCUGCCGCAGCAGCUUGAUGGAAGUUUUAGGAAACAGGCAUGAUCCUCACCCUUUGGAAGAGCAGGGAAUCAAAUUUUCAUCGCUGAAGCAAACGUUAAGUCUCUUAAUGAAUUAGGGUUUUAUGUGAAAUACAAUGGGAGUGCAUGAAAUGAAAACUGAGACGCGUAAAUAGAACAGGCAAGGCAUGUUGAAUAAUGCAAGGGGCUUUAGGUCUCUCUCGUGCUUGUGGAUUAUAUCUUAGUUGAUCAUGAACGCCCAUCCGAGGGAACAUAGAAGCAAAGGUGGCAAGGUUAAAAAUGGAUGCCAUUGAUGUUUUUCAUCUUAAGUCUGUAACUCACAAAUCAGUGCCAAGUUGUGGGUCUCGGGGCCUAUCUUUAUUUUGCAUUGGCUGUUUCUUAAAUUAAUGUUCCUAACCUUUAAACCACAAAACUGAAACUAAAAUUAGUAUCUAUUAACUCGUAAUAAUGCUGAAUAAAGUUAGUACGACCACUUUUAGCGCAGUUUGACCGACCAAAUCCAAAACCAAGGUGCUCUGAAUUCUCAAAUCCCUCUUUGACACGAGAUAUACAGAGAGCAGGUGAACAAACCUUUUCAAGCUCAGGAAUGGUGCAGUUCGGAGGUUUCGUAUUGUAGCAAACUCUUCUAAUCCACUUAGCACCAACAAUAUAUAGGAAAAGAUUGCAUACAAAGUCUAAUGUAGAACGGACCAUUGGAGUUAUUUCGGAAUGGCAGAGAAGGAAGCCACAGGACAUUCUAACAAAAGGAAAAUCAGGCAGCCACCUUCAGUUCCAUUCCUUUGGGAAGUGAGGCCAGGAAUAGCAAAGAAAGAUUGGAAACCAACAGCUUCUUCAGUUACUACAACAUUACCACCUCCAACUCCAAUCAAGCUUAUAGCCUCAGUUCCCUUUAAUUGGGAGGAAAAGCCCGGUACACCAUUACCCAGCUUCUCCCAGCCUCCGGUGGAACCAGCAGCUGUGCCCCCAUCAGCAAUGCUCAUGACUCUGCCUCCACCUCCAGUAUACUCUCCAGCCUAUUUUAACGGCUGCAACAGCAAUGAUGAUGGAAGUGAUGGCAGUGAUGAACAACAAGUGGUGUUUGAAAUGGAUCUCGAAGCAUUUGGUUUUGAAACAGAUGAUUCCUUUAGCUCAGCUCCAUCCCUCUUGGCAAAUUGCCUUGUAGCAUCAACGGCGAUUUCCACUGCUGUUCCAGUGCAGAAAACUUACCAGACAGAUAACAGUAGUUAUCUGGAAACACCUCCCUCACCAGCUUCGGAUACUGAAAGUAGUACAAGCAGCUAUGCAACUAGCACUUCAAGCCUUGUAGGGGCUUCUUUCUUGGAACGCCUUUUUCCAUUGCUUCCACCUAAUUCUGGUUUCCUUGAAAAGGUCAGGUACCAUGACCAGGUGUCUCAUGCACAAAGUGAUUUUGAUUGUGGGAAUAAUAACACUGUAGUCAUAAGGAGGCCACCAACACUAGGAGAGUUGAUAAUGAUGAGCAGAAGGAAGAGUUAUCAAAGAAAGGCUGUUCAAAUAAGAGAGAAGCAUCUAUCAAUGGAAUUUCUUAAGGAAAGAGCUCCUGGAUGCUGCAUCUUUGGAACUGGCAUCAAAUUGAUCGAAGGAUUGCAAUUGAAGAAGUUCCAACCAAGACUGAAAUUCUUGUAGAAGAGGCC